GCAUCGAAUACAUGCGCUAUCUCGAGCAAUGCGUUGCCGAUCUCAAGGAGUCGCAUCGCACCCGUCGAGAUUCGCCCACGCCUGUUUCCCCUCGCAUGUCGCAGCCACCUCCGGUCCUGAAUCGUGCGAAUGAUAUAGAAGAAGAGGAAGAAGAAGAGGACGAGGAUGAAGAUAUGGGAGAUGCAGUCUCUCCGACACAUGUGGUCAAUGCGCCACCCAAACAGACGUUCCAAUUCGCUGAAAUGUCCCCCGCCAUAUACCCCAGUGAUCGUAGUGUACAUUCUACCACUACCUCACCAAACCUCUAUCCCUCAGAUGUACGGAACUACUCAGCAAACGCUUCCCCAGCCAUUCAUCCUUCCGAUCCCCAUCAUUACUCACUAGCCUCCUCUAUUCGCUCCACCGUGACGUCUCCAUCGAUUCAGCCGUCUCCUGCGUUCACUGCGCAGACUCCUUUGCAAGCUCCUUUCCAGAGUCCCUUCCAGGCUGCAGCGUCGAGUAAAGGCUCUAUUUCUGGGCCUUCUUCUGUUCCGUUCACUCUUACUUCUCCGGCAUUGGGCCCUCAAACAGAGAGAGAAGAUCAUGAAGCAACCGAGGCUCUCCUAAUGCUAAAUACAGACCGUAGAAGCUGGGCCGAAAUGAAGGAAAACGGCAAAAGAGGAAUUAGUGUAAACGACCUGUUGAGCAGGUAGAUCAAGAUUCAGAGCGCUAUCAGGCGUUUAGGGUCCGUUUGUUUCAACAACUUCACAAAAUGGUUCUUGGGUUGGUGGUAGACUGCUGGAUGCAGAGGCGUUGGCGGUAUUCUGAUUGUGUGCUUUUGCACCAUUUCUCUUGUGCAUGUUAUGUUUCUGCUGCCAAAGAUAUCUUAAUGGAUAUAGAUUGCGCAAGGAAAGGGAGGUGGAAAAUAUGGGCUGGAUUAUAAUACAUAGGUUUCCAUCAA